UACACGACACCCCGCUCCCCCGCUCACCGUCCUAAAACCCUAGCUCUCCCCCUUCCCCACCUCACCCCACCGCACCCCCGCGAUGGCCACCGCCGACGGCGAGCCCCAGCCCGUCGCCGCCGAUCCCGCCCCCGCCCCGGCCCCGGCUCCCUCCCCCUCCCCGGCCAAGCGCAAGCCCGAGGCGGACGCGGAGGCCGACGCCGACCUCGCGCCCCCGAAGGCGGCGCGCCCCGAUGCCGACGAGGAGGCCGCCGCCGAGGCCGAGGCGGCCAGGGCCAGGGCCCGGGCGGCCGACAAGGGGAAGGGGAAGAUGGUGGUCGAGGAGGAGGAGGAGGAGGAGGAGGACGACAGCGAGGAGAGCAGCGACGAUGACGACGACAUGGAGGGCGGCGGCGGCGGCAGCGACGACGACGAGCUCGUCGAGGACCCGCUGGCCGAGGUCGACCUCAGCAACAUCCUCCCUUCGCGGACCCGCCGCCGCGCGCCUCCGCAGCCCGGGGCGUACCUCGUCGCGCCCGAGGAGGCUGUCGCCGAGGACGACGACGACGAUGACGCCGACGUGGUUCCUGAGGAGGGGGCGGAAGGGGAGGAGAGCGAUUAGGGCUGCGGCGCCACGGACUCACUAGGAAGGAAUAGUGGUCUGGUGCUGGAGCCGGAUAUCAUCCUACGUGCUGGGACCUAAUGGACAUGUUUUCUGUUGGGGUUGGUCACGGAUAACCCAAUCAUCAUUCUGCAAUCUUUAGAGUUCUCUCUGUCAACCGUGAUUUAGUGCAUCAUUAGGGUUACUUGGAGUGCUGAAGGGGGAGACUUGGCUAGUUCUAAUUAUGUAACGCUUAAGAUUUGGCAAAUGGUAAUGCUGUGGUCAUGGUUGAACAGUUAACGUCGCGCUUCUGUAUACAGUAGUUUCAGACUUGCAGUUCCAGCGGUUGUUUAUCUUCUGCGUUUUGCUGGCACGGUGAUUCUCGUGUAGUUUAGUUGGAACCUUAAUCCCUUGUUGAUGGUGAUGAGUUUGGUUGCCCUUUAAAAAUAUUUAUUUAUG